AUGUCGCAGUGGAAGCUGUUUCCCCGUGUCACUGCCGCCUCUCCUUUGGCAUCAAAACCCUCCAUCGAAUCAGAUCCGGCGUCAAUAAAGAGCUCGUCUUCUGAACCCCCGGAUCCUACAGAUCCACCCGACCCACCAGACACGAGAGAUCCCCCAUUUCACUCUCAGAUUCCGACCUCAACCGUAAAACUUAGAUCCACUAAAUCUCUUCGACCAGAAACGAACACUAGCACAACAGAUCUGUCGAUCUCGGCUCAUGAGUCGACGAGAACCAUUGAAAGAUACCUCUCCCUACCGGCGAGUUUUACUUGCAACGGAUUGACGAGAGUGAUAGCAUCUCACCUUUGUACCAUCGAACUUCACCAAUUCUUCUCCGGUACACCGGACCAUGUCUCCGAUUCUCCCAGCUCCAAAAUUUUCACCGACAAAUCCUCAUCAAACUAA